UCUACCAUGACGUCUCUUUUAGGCUAUGGUAGCUUUUGAAGGUACAUGUGGACGUUAGGUGUAAAUUAUUAGUAAUUAAAUUUUGUUUGUAAAAUAAUAGUUAUUCUACAAGAAUUUAUUUCUAAAAUGGCUGAUCUGGAUGAUUUCUUCGCAAAAAAAGAUAAGAAAAAGUCGAAAGGAAAGAAAUUUACCACCGCAGAUGAAAUUGCUAAAAAGCUGGAGGAAACUGGCAAAAAGACAGAAAAGUCUAAAAAGGAAAAGACUUUACAAAACACUACUGGUCCAGAUGGAGAAGAAAACGGCACAAUAAUUCAGGAGGAUGAAUGGAGGGAUUUUGAAGAAGAGAAAAAGGAUUACACGGGUUUGAAGAUUCAGAAUAUUACAUUAAACGAGCAGGAAAAUGAUGAAGCUGAAAACGAAUUGGAUGAAGACGAUGAAGGCGGUAUGGAGGAAAACGAAGCUGGUGAAAUGGUUCCCCGAAGGAAAGCUACGGGUCCGUGGAAGGUUCCCCAAAUGCCAACACAAGACAACCCCGCUGAAUCCGAGAAGCCCGCUGAGGAGGAGGUAGUUAGAGCUCCAUUGCGCAGCGGAGGCACUGUGAGCGGGGGAACCUACAUCCCACCCAACUUGCGCAACCAGCCACCCCCAGUGGCAUUCUCAAGUUUAAGAAACCAGAAAUCUAGAGCGGCACCGGACGUCAACAGUGAAGCCAUGUUCCCCACACUCUCAGCGGCUACGUCAGCCGAGCCCAGUGGAGCUUGGGGACGCAAGAAAAGGGAGGAAGUUGGUUUUGAAGAAGUGAGGAACAGCAAAAGUCACUCAUCACGGUACUCGGAAAACUCUACCAGGAUGACUCCAAACAAGCUCGCUCUCGGGAACAAGUUUGCCUCUUUAACCGAUCAAAGCUGAGUUAUAUUACAGCAAUAUCAACCAAUUGUUCCAAAUUUUGUUUAAAUUUGAAUUGUUUUCAACUAUUUAUUCCAACGACAUUUUUCAGUUAAACAUUCGCCAUGAGUAAAGGGUUCCUAACGAUUUGUAAGUAUUGUCAUAUGAAUGUGGGUAUCGCGGAAGACCGGAGUUGUUCAUUUACACCCAAGGCUAAUGUUGCAUUUUUUGUAUUUGUUGAAAAUAGUUUUGUUGUGCAAUGCUUCAUUUCAGCUGACCUCUCAUGUAAAUGUUUUUGAUAGAUGUACAAAUCGUUUGGUUUUCAAGAUUUUGAAAAUCUUGAAAAAUUGUGUGUUAAAUGAUAUUUUUACUAUUAUAGUCAGAAGCCUUUCUGUCUGCUCAAUACGGCUUCUUACCAUGCCUGUUACCUACAUCGGUGUAACAAUGCUUGCAAUCUAACGAAUAGAGAAUAGCACUGUUUGUACAUACACGUGUUAAUUGAAUUGUAUGAUACAAUGUAAACGAGCAUGUAAAUGAGCAUCACUGAAUACCACUGACACAUUUCUAGGAACCCUUCCAUUUAAUUUGUUUGCGAACUUUUCUAAUUUUGAAUAUGCUUUAAGGCCCAUAAAAAUAUGUAUACUAGUGCAUGUAAAAUGAUCUACAAAUCUUUGGCACAAACAAUGUUGUUCCCAUUUUCAAAAUGUAUUUUAUAAGCAAUUACAUUUUUAAAGUGGUUGUAAAAAUGUAUCUUGGGAAACGUUAAAAGUUAAACAUUCUUUUUUUUAUUCUACAAAAUAGUAUCACAGCAAAAGGUAGAUAUCUAGAUAGGAUUUUAGAUUUCUCAAUGGAGUGGGAACCCCAGUUAAAGGGAUUUUUUAAGGCUUGUUAUUGUGUUGAGUGUUCUACCAAUUAAGAAUAACCAAAAGAGUCUUCAUGUAUUUCUCAAGGUUUUUUAUUUUGUAAUUAUUCUGGUAAUGUAUGUACCCAAUUGUAUGUGGUUAUUUAAAAGAAGCCACCCCAGCAAGCAUGCUGUUCAGCAGUCAGUACAAAUUGUUUGUGUCAUCGGUUUCAAUAAAAAAAUAAAAAUAAUUUUUAACAUUUUAUAUCUAAAGAGAAAGCAUAACCGUGAAACGGUGGUAUUUAGUUAAUUUUUUAAUUUCUUUAUUUAAUUUUGAAUUCUUAUGUUAAUUUUUAAACUCUUAUGUUAAUUUUUAAACUCUUAUGUUAAUUUUUAAACUUUUAUGUUAAUUUUUACAAUUUCAAACAAAAAAAUAUAGCCCACAUUUGAAAAUAUUGUUUUGUACUAAGUCUUAUAUUUUAUUUGUAUAUAAUGAAACUGUGUGUUAUUAUAAGAACCUCAGUAGAGUUCUUUCAGUGUUAGAAGUCUCUAAUAUUCAUGUAUUUGUACUAUUGAAACUGCACAAAAUUAUAUACGAUUUGUGUAAAAAAGAGACUGUUCUGGGAUUUGUCAAUUUUUCCUUAUUUCAUUACAAUAAAUUUUGCCUUGUGUUGAA